CGCUACUGUAUUACUUCGCUCGCUCGCAUCUCUUCUUUAAAGUCGUUGUUUUCUCUUCUCAACACCCAUAAUGUACUGACUGGGCGCAAUACUAUCUCCAGUCUGUAACAGCAAUUAGGCUAAGCACAGCCCCCCGCCACCAACGAGGCCAGACCAACAACGAUUUCUGCCUUAUCCUACCAGUAUGCUUUGCAAAGUAUGUGUGGGAAUGCUAAGAGGCGGAAGAGGAGAGUUGUGGGCAGGUACUCACGAUCUAACAUUCAAUCACCACAAUACCACAGCGUCGCUCCGCAAAUCGAGAGAAGCUGAUUGUUCGAUAUGCAUAUCGUUAGCGAGAGUACUUCGGCGCGAUAUGGAUCUCCUCGAGGAUCGACCCAUAUCGAUCAAAGCUAGCCUUAAGAAACUACCCGCAGACGGGUCAGGGGUUAGGUACAGCCUCGACUUCGACCUGAACAGAUCCUACAGUCGUAUGUAUUUGCUGAAGGAGACCAAACCCAAAAAUGGUCGGCUGCGAACACCAAGAUCGUUAGAUACAUCUUCAGAGGAGGUGUUCGGAGUAGCACAGAGCUGGAUGAAAGAUUGCAAAUGUGCAAAGUUCUGGGAAGAACCUGUCGAGAAGUUUUACCCCAAGCGCCUACUGGAUAUUAAAGAGCUUCGCAGUGCCAACGGUAUCAAAGAGAUAGAUAGUCUGACAAUCAUGUCCGACCAUGGCGACGUGGAACGAAAGAAGGUGUAUCUGGUUGAGACUAGCGAUUUCACCCAAAACCCAGGCGCCCCAAACAAAUUGUCGGUCCAUUCAUGGAACAGCGACAGGACAAAGAAGAGUCGCCAUGAAAGAGAGGAUCAUCGGUACCUUACGCUGAGUCAUUGCUGGGGAAAGCCCAAGAGUGUCCAAGGACAGCUUAGGCUGGAUCACACUACCGAGGAUCGUUUCAAACGAGAUGGUAUCGAGCUGCGAGAGCUGCCGAAAACUUUCCGAGACGCUAUCCUCUUCGCUUCUCGCCUGGACAAAGUGGGGUUCAUUUGGAUCGACUCCAUGUGCAUUAUACAGCCGACUGAGAACUAUAACAGUCGAUCAAAGGGCUCCGUUAGUGAUUGGCUAGAGCAGAGUCGACAAAUGGAUCAAAUAUAUCGAGGAUCUUUUCUCAACAUUUCCGCUACUGCUGCCACCGAUGGAGAUCAGGGCUUGUUCUUCAGCCGGCGACCCGAGUAUCUCUGGGAAGACGAAAUAAACGUCAACUAUACUGGAACGAAUCUCUUCGGGUCGGAGAGAACUGGAAGUAUGGAAGAAGAUCAGCUGAUAAGGUGCACCAUUAUUGACCUAUCCUUCUGGAAUGAACUCGUCGAAGAAGCAGCCGUCAACCGCAGAGGCUGGGUACUCCAAGAACGUCUCAUGGCACCACGAGUGUUGCAUUUUUGCCGCGAUCAGAUUGCCUGGGAGUGUGCAGGGUUUGAAGAUGCCGAGGGGCAUCCGGAGAUGAAUCUAACCCAGAGGGCUAAGUUAGGAGCUAUAGUGGACGAAGGACGCUUCAAAGAUCUGACCAAGGAAGCUGGAGAGGCACUACGAAACAAUCGCUUGAAUCGCCUUCCAGACCCUGACGAGGGUAUGGUAGAUUUGCACAUAUACGAGCUGUGGAAGCAUGUUGUAGAGGUCUAUUCCAAAACGCAACUCACAGUUUCGCGCGACAAACUCAUAGCGCUUUCCGGAAUUGCAAGGCGCUUCUGUACAGACAAGAAGCUUUUCGCCAAGCCAAGCACGUAUAUUGCUGGCCUUUGGAGAAAACAUUUAGAGAGCCAACUCCUUUGGCAGGUGAAUGAGCUUUAUCGAGACGGUGUGUUCGAGAACCCUGGACGGCGCGACGCAACCCGAGCGCCUUCGUUUUCAUGGGCAUCAAUCGACACUCCCCACGGAAUCACUUAUCCCGACGUCACAGAUUACGGGGCUGCGAGAGCAAACAGACAUUGUACCCGAGCCCAAGAUCACACAGAAGUCUCGAAACCGGAGGAAGAGCUAAUGCUCGAAGUACUUGACCAUGACGUCAUUCUCUCGGAUGUAGACAAUGAGUAUGGUAUGGUAGACCAGGGAAAGUUAUUGCUCCAACCGCGCUAUCUCAGGGCUAUUGAGCUGCGUAGGCUCCACCCACCACUCAGAGUCCCGUACAGCUGGCGGCUGAAGCAAGAUCAACCCGGGCCUGAAGUCUUGGAACCGAAUACCAGCGCUGCGCGUCAUCUCGAACACGCCAACCUGUAUCUCGACGCACCAGAAUCUGACGUCGAUAUCUUCCGCGAUGACGCAAAAUUAUACUGUAUGCCCGUCGCGUAUGGAGAGCGAACAGUACGGAAGGCAUUUCGUUACUUGUACUGCUUGUUGCUCAAGUUUGAAGGAAAGACAGAUUUCAAAACAGGGAGUAGUGACCCAGGCUCGGAAGAGCCCUCGCCCACAACACAGUAUCCCAUGUUUAGGCGGAUUGGCAUAACGAAGUUGUCUAACCAUUUGGACGAGAAGGGUCAACAGGCUUUGAAAUCGAAGGAGCACAUCACCCCAAUUUGUUUAUGUUAAUUAAUUGUAUGGCGGAGCCAGGCACUACUCUGGUGUUUUGGGGGGUCUUCUGGUCUCUCUCAAUGAUGAUGAGUUACGGGUUUGUAGCUAGACAAGCGUAUAAUAUGUACGGAUAUGCGAUAACUUUGGUAUUCCAAAGCUGUUCUCAAUCCUACCCCACCUUCCAAAAUCUGCC